GAGCAAGAAUCCGUCUCCUUCGGUUCGGUUUAGACCGAAUGGCCACCCCUUGGCCUUUGACGGCUUGACCCCGUUUCCGUACUCUCUGCUUUUUUCCUUCUCCGGGAAAGGAAACUCACCCAACUCGUUUCCAACCCUGCUUCACAUAUUUCUCCGACCGCCGUUUCCAACCGUCGGCAAAGAACUUAUCGUCUCAAUUCUCUGCAAUGGAUGCCCUGUUCGACUCAAUCAACGUCCGAGAUCUCCUCUCUGCCGGCGACCUCGCGGACCAAACCUGCCCACUCUCCGCGCCUGAUCUACGCCUCCUCAUAACUCGUCUCGAGUCUCACUCGCUUCAGAUCAAAUCCAAAGUGCAAUCCUACCUCCUCGCUCACCACGGCGAGUUCUCCUCUCUCUUCCAGCUCUGCAGCGAUGCCGCGUCUCGGACCGUUGAAAUCGACCGGAAAGUUUCCGAUCUCUCGACUCUCUUGUCGGACACUCCCGUGGACGUCGAAAUCAGGGAGAUUCUGGAAGAGCUGAAGCGGAAGCUGAGAGAGGCGAAGGUGAAGAAGGAAUUGCUUCAAUUAGUGAAUGCAAUUGUGGAGAUUAGCGACAAGUUGAAAGGAGUGAAGGAGGGAAUGAAGCAUGGGCGGCUGCUAAUGGCUGCCGAGGAAGUGAAGGUGCUGAAGGAUGUGCUGAGGAUCGGCGACGAGGAAGCAGGUGAUCCUUUGGUCUAUGGUUUGCUGAGGAAGGACUGGCUGUCCUGCUUUGAGGAGAUGCAAGGCAUGCUUGUCAAGUUGAUGGAGAAAGCAGUGCAGCUGGAGCUAGAACCAUGCAGAGUUCGAGUUCGGUCUCGUUUGAGUGUUGAUGAACUUGAAGGAGUGGAACUCAGAGCUGUUUUACUAGCAAUGGAAGUGCUUGGAAUUUUGGAUUAUGGCCUUGCUAAAGUAGCUGAUAAGAUGUUCAAGUUUGUUAUCACACCUGCCAUGAACUGUGGGACAGCCACAUCUUUUGCAGGAGAUGUUAAAGAUGAGGCAGUAUUGGAAAUUAUACCAUCCUCCGAUCUUAAGACUGAAGAUGUUGAUGGUCAGACAAUUUAUUCCAGCAUUCUUCAGGUUGUGAAAUUUAUUUCAAAAUUCAUAUGCCUAGAAAAGGAAUCUUGGGUUCAGUGUUUUGGAAGAUUGACAUGGCCAAGGAUAGCUGAGCUGAUUAUUUCUAACUUCCUCUCAAAGGCUGUUCCUGAUGAUGCUUCAAAACUGGUUGGCUUUCAGAAAAUCAUGAAAAACUCCUCAGAGUUUGAAAAUGCCUUAAAAGAACUUAAGUUCAUUUCAGCUUUUGAUCAGUCAGACCUAAAGUUAAGCAACUUUUCUGAAAAUGUCGAACUUCAUUUUGCUUCUCGAAAAAGGACUGAAAUAUUGGCGAAGGCUAGAGAUUUUCUCUUACAUUGUGACUUCUCCAUUCCUCAAGUAAGUUCUCCAGAACUGAGAAAGGCAGUAAUAUCUUUUCCCAGCUCUACGUUAUAAGCUUUUAAUACCUAAAUCUUAAUCAGGAGUUUAUGAGAAAGAGUUCUCAAUCAACAAAUGGAGCAGGAGUAGCUGCAGAGCAUAUUGAUCGUCUUGUUCAUUUGCUUUUCAUGUCCGAGAGGUGUUUGGUGUCCAAAGCAGCUUCACAGCUGAUGGCUCUAGUUCAUCAGACACUCAAGGAUGUUUGCUUGUCAUCUCCAAAGGUUGCACCUGAAUUUUAUCGUGCUGCUAGGGAUGCAAUACUUCUGUAUGAAGCAGUUGUUCCUGUCAAGAGAGGAAGCUGGAUAACUUCAACCAAGUUGCUGUUCUGAUGCACAAUGACUGUCUUUAUCUAUCACAAGAAAUACUCGGAUUGGCAUUUCAGUAUCGACCAGACUUUCCAACGUCAAUCAAAGAACAUGCAGUUUUUGUCGACAUGGCUCCAAGGUACUAUGUAAUGGCCGAGGAGAUACUGCAGCGACAAAUUCAGCUUGUCAUUCUUAAUUUGAAAGAGGCUAUUGAUGGAGCCGGUGGUUUUCAGAAUUCUCAUCAGAUGCAACAGUUUGAAUCUGCAAAGUUCAGCAUAGAUCAGGUGGUCUUUGUCCUUGAAAAGGUACGAAUUAUAUGGGAGCCACUCUUGCUACCUUCAACAUACAAGAAAAGCAUGUGUGCGGUCCUAGAGUCGGUUCUUUCCAGAAUCACUGUGGAGAUACUCCUUCUAGAUGAUAUGGCAGCCGAGGAAACAUUGGAGCUCCAAAGACUAAUCCAGCUAAUGCUGGAAGGGGUGUCUCCUUUGCUGGAUUCCCUGGUUUCUGCGGUCGUCUUCGAGAAUAAGAAGCCUGAAGAAGAAGACUACUCCCCCAAAGAUUCAGUUGAUGAUCUCAUACCCUCUUUACGCAAGAUCCGCAAGCUUGCAGAAUUACUGGACCUGCCUUUGAAAUCCAUUACUAGUGAUUGGGAAAGCGGAGAACUUCAUAGAUGUGGUUUCACAAAGACGGAGGUGGUAGAUCUAAUCAGAGCCAUAUUCACUGAUACGCCUUUACGUAAAGACUGCAUAAGGACGAUCAGUAAUGUAAGCCCGUAUUAAGUUCUUUAGCGAGGCCAAGGGUAGGAAUCUUGAACCGGUAUUUUUUCCAGUCAAAAGAGAAGAAUUGUGGAGCUGGUUUUCUGGAGGUUUAGUUCCAUAGAUUUACGCCGGAAGCAACUGGGGUUUGGCUUCUGGCACUGAUUGUCUGUCUAAUCAACGAUGGCUGGGCGCAUUUACAUCACCUACUGGAAAUCAAGUAUAAAUUAGGAGUCUCCAUUAGGUCUUUUGCAUUGUAUAUUAUACUGCUGCAGAGCCAUACACACCACACCAGUG